AUCAGCCCCUCCCCUCCACUCUUUCCGUCGUCUGUAUCUCCCUUCUUUCUCUCUCUGGAACACAUGAGAUUCUCCUCCCGAAACCUGAACCGCAGCAGCAGAGGCAUCGACCCCCCUCCCCACACGCACACACAACAUGGCUACAAUCGUAACCUCGACCAGGUUUACGGACGAGUAUCAGCUUUACGAAGAGCUGGGAAAGGGUGCCUUCUCCGUGGUGCGGAGAUGUGUGAAAAAAUCCACUGGCCAGGAAUAUGCUGCUAAAAUAAUUAACACAAAGAAACUGUCAGCAAGAGAUCAUCAGAAACUGGAGCGUGAGGCCCGAAUCUGUCGUCUACUCAAACACCCCAAUAUUGUUCGGCUCCAUGAAAGUAUUUCAGAAGAAGGCUUCCAUUACCUGGUCUUUGACCUUGUGACUGGGGGGGAGUUGUUUGAGGACAUCGUCGCCAGAGAGUAUUACAGUGAAGCUGACGCAAGCCAGUGCAUCAAUCAGAUCCUGGAGAGUGUCAAUCAUAUUCACCAGCAUGACAUCGUCCACAGAGACCUUAAGCCCGAGAACUUGCUGUUGGCCAGUAAGAUGAAAGGAGCGGCAGUGAAACUGGCAGAUUUUGGGCUGGCCAUCGAGGUGCAGGGAGAUCAGCAGGCCUGGUUUGGUUUUGCUGGCACACCUGGCUACCUGUCUCCAGAGGUGUUGAGGAAGGAUCCCUACGGCAAACCUGUGGACAUCUGGGCCUGUGGUGUAAUCUUGUACAUUCUACUAGUGGGCUACCCUCCAUUUUGGGAUGAAGAUCAACACAAGUUAUACCAGCAGAUCAAGGCUGGAGCUUAUGAUUUUCCCUCUCCGGAGUGGGACACGGUCACCCCCGAGGCCAAGAACCUCAUCAACCAAAUGCUGACCAUCAACCCAGCUAAGAGAAUCACAGCAGAGCAGGCCCUCAAGCACCCAUGGGUCUGCCAACGGUCCACUGUGGCGUCCAUGAUGCAUCGCCAAGAGACUGUGGAGUGCUUGCGCAAGUUCAAUGCCCGCAGAAAACUCAAGGGAGCCAUUCUUACUACUAUGCUGGUUUCUAGAAACUUCUCAGUGGGCCGGCAGCAUACCAGCCCUGCUGCUCCCACCACAAGCACUGCCGCGCUUGCACAGGAAGCAUGCAAAAGUUUACUCAACAAAAAGGCAGAUGGAGUCAAGCCCCAGACAAACAACACUAAAAACAGUGUAGUGAGCGCUGUAGUGAACGCCAUGAAAGAAAGCAACACGGCCUCUUCUACACCGAUGGAGCCACAAACUACAGUUGUGCACAACCCUGCCGAUGGCCCCAAGGGCUCCACAGAGAGCUGUAACACCACUGAGGAAGAGGAUAUGAAAGGUAGGAAAGCCGAGAGUGCGCAGGGAGCGAGCAGUGACAGUGCCGUGAUGAGUCAGUGCAGUGCCGGGGAAGAGCCGCCCGCUCUGGUGGCUUCACCACUGGGCUCUCCUGCCACCGUCCCCGUGCAUGAAGUUAAACGCUUGGCAUGGAACAGUUCAGAAUAUGCCUCAUGUCCAGAGUUAGAGCGAACUCAUUCUGGCCCCUGUGCCUCAGUCCAUGGGGUCGGCGGUAUCACAGCGAGUGUGUCCGCAGCUCAGUCUCGUAAGCAGGAGAUUAUAAAGAUCACGGAGCAGUUGAUCGAAGCUGUCAACAAUGGAGACUUUGAAGCAUACACGAGAAUCUGUGACCCUGGUCUGACCUCUUUUGAGCCUGAAGCUUUGGGGAACCUGGUCGAGGGGAUGGACUUCCACAAGUUUUACUUUGAGCACUUGUUGAGUAAGAACAACAAGCCCGUGCACACCACUAUUCUCAAUCCUCACGUUCAUCUCAUCGGGGAGGACGCUGCCUGCAUUGCUUAUAUCCGGCUGACGCAGUACAUCGACAGCCAGGGCCGCCCGCGUAGCUGCCAAUCGGAGGAGACGCGUGUGUGGCACCGCCGUGAAAGCAAGUGGCUUAACGUCCACUUCCACUGCUCAGGGGCACCAGCCGCCCCCUUACAGUGAACUGCACUGGACAGUUUACCUGGAUUCUCGAGAUAAUGGGAAUGUUUCUUCUUUGUGGCUGGACGGGCAUGUGAAGGCCAGCUGGAUGACAGCUCUUAAAGUUACAGACACACCAGUGAGGAACUCUGACAACAUCCAGUUCAACUGUCAACACCACCUAUCCUGUCCAAUCUUUGACCAAUGGGAGCUGGCCGCGGCCGUGGCCCCGCCCAAGGGACGGUGCAUGUAUCUGACGCCCACAUGGGGGUGCUGUUUUGUCCUUUUCCCACGGAACCAUCUUUUUUUUUUCUUUUUUUUUGCCCGUUAAAGAUGUUCAGAAGGUGUUGUAAGUACUGGUCUAUGAAUUCAUAAAUAUACUGUACAUUGUAAAAAUCACUAGCUGAACCAGAAGCUACAAUCAAGUUUGAAAAAGCAUUUAUGUAAGUAAACCAGGAUGUGAGUUGGCAGGGUGGGGGGGGCUGAACUUCAAAAAAAAAAAAAAAAAAAAAAAAUCACAAAAUGGACUAGCGCCCAAAAGCUUCUAAAGUUUACAGGUUUGUCAUCACAAUCAUUCUUGUAUACUUUGCAGAUUUUUGGAAACAAAA